AUGGCAGAAUGUCUCUGGUAACGUUGCACGUGUUACGUUGCCACGGCUUGGCAAGGCUCGCUAUUCCAUCGCGAUUCGUAACAACCAGUAGACCGGCGUUGACGAAGCUCGUUGCUUUCGCGAAACCUUGCCGAGACAUGUCGUACACAACCGUCGAGAGGGGUGCGCUCAAUAGCACGGACUACAGAGUAUUUUUAAAAAAUGAGUCGGGUGUCCCAAUCUCGCCUAUGCAUGACAUUCCGCUCUAUGCCAACGAAGAAAACAAGACCAUGCACAUGAUUGUCGAAAUACCAAGAUGGACAAACGCCAAAAUGGAGAUAUGUCUUAAAGAGCCUUUGAAUCCCAUUAAGCAGGAUGUCAAGAAAGGCAAAUUGAGAUUUGUCGCUAAUUGUUUUCCUCACCAUGGUUACAUAUGGAAUUAUGGAGCUUUGCCACAAACAUGGGAAAAUCCUGAUGUUUUGGAUGAAGCAACAGGCUGCAAAGGUGACAAUGAUCCUAUUGAUGUUCUUGAAAUAGGAUACAAGGUUGCCAAACGAGGCGAGGUAUUAAAAGUGAAAGUUCUUGGAACUGUAGCACUUAUUGAUGAAGGUGAAACUGAUUGGAAAAUUAUUGUAAUUGAUGUUAAUGAUCCUUUGGCAGAUCAAAUGAACGAUAUAAACGAUAUGGAGACACAUUUCCCAGGCUUAUUGAAAGCUACAAUUGAAUGGUUUAAGAUAUAUAAAAUUCCGGAUGGAAAACCAGAAAAUCAAUUUGCAUUUAAUGGGGAAGCAAAAACACGAGACUUUGCGCUGCACAUUAUUGAUGAAGUGCAUCAACAUUGGCAAAAUUUAAUCAAACAGGAAGGUUCAUCUGGUGAAAUAGACUGUUCUAAUGUAACAGUGGAGGGGAGUCCUUUCAAGAUUACCACAGAAGUUGCAGAGGAGAUUUUAGAAAAGGCGCCUGAGCCAGUAGAACCUCAAGCCGUCGAACCAAUAGUUGACAAAUAUUACUUCAUGCAUCCCAAAUUGUAAUAGUUAUGAUGGGACCUAAAAAUUGUAUUUACUUUUCGAAUACUUGAAUUAUGUAUAUGAAGACUUUAUUGAUGCUGAAUGUAUGUGAAUUAAAACUCUUGUUCAUUAAA